GCGAAGCCACGCCCCUUACCUGGAAGAUUCAGGAAAUGUGGGAUUGUGUGCAACAAUAAACUCGAGUUUUCAGUCGAUUUACUGACUUUUUACUCUUUAACUCUAAUCUUUUAUCUUCGUUUGAACACAGAAGUGUGACAUUAAACCGGAAAUUAAAGAGUGAAGAUGGAGGAGACGAAGUGGGAGCAGUACACAGUGACGCUGCAGCGGGAUUCUAAAAUGGGAUUUGGGAUUGCCGUCUCGGGGGGAAAAGACAAUCCGAAUGAAGAGACGAGAGAGGCAUCGAUUAUCAUCUCUGACGUGCUUCCUGGAGGACCUGCUGACGGCCUGCUGUUUCAGAACGACCGCGUGGUCCAGGUGAACUCCUCGUCCAUGGAGAACGUUGUGCACUCGUUUGCUGUACAAACUCUACGCAAGUGUGGCAAAGUCGCCAAGAUAACGGUAAAAAGACCAUGCAGAGUUACCUUUAAUGCCCCGAAGCAGGCCCCGCCUCCAGACGACCGUGUAUUUUCUCAUCCGGACUACAGCGAUGAUUACGACUACGAGCCGGACCGACGCAGCACCUACAGCGGACGUACCGAGUCCGAGUCCGAGUACGAGCGCAGCCGCGGCCGGGCGCUGGAACGAGACCUCAGCCCUGAGCGUCAGCAUCGCCGCGACGGCAGCCGAGGACGCGUGUUGGAGCCCGAACACAGCCCUGACCGCCGUUACCGUAGCGAUCGCACCCUCGAUCGAGACUACAGCCCGGAUCGACGUUACCGCAGGGAGCAAAGCCCUGAGCGGCGGUACCGUAGUGAACACAAUCUGGAUAGAGACUACAGCCCAGAUCGUCGCUAUCGCAGCGAGCAUGUUCUCGAUCGCACACACAGUCCAGAACCACGAUACCGGGAGAGGGAACUGCGGAUUCCAGAACCACGUCCUGCCGAGGCAAUCAGAAGGAACGCCAGCCGAGAACGCUUAGAACAUUCACCUCCACGGAGCCCACAUGAACCACUGGAGAGACCGGUUCGUGUCCUACUGCAGAAGAACAGGCCCACUGAAGAAUAUGGGCUGCGUUUGGGCAGUCAGCUGUUCAUUAAAGAGAUGACUAGUACAGGCCUGGCCUCCAGAGAUGGGAACCUGCAGGAAGGAGACAUCAUCCUGAAGAUUAAUGGGACGGCGACAGAGAAUCUGUCUCUGGGUGAUGCAGGGAAGCUGAUCGAAAAAUCACGAGGAAAACUGCAGCUGGUGGUGCAGAGAGAUCGCAGGAAGGUUCUGGUUCGGGUUCCGCCCAUGGCUGACAGCGACUCGGAGCCGGACGAUCUGUCUGAGAUCGAGUCGUAUCGCUCAUACUCCCCUCAGGACGACAGACGAGGACAGCUCUCGGACAUCUCCUCACACUCCUCCAACGAGAGACUGCGUGAUAAAACCAGGGACGAGCCUCAGAGCAGAUUACCUAAAAUGGGUGCGAUGCCGACGCCGUUCCAUGCCGCUCCAGAUGAUUUUCCUCCUCCACCACCAGAGGAAGAUGAGCCUGAGUUUGAGGAAGCUCCAGUUCCUGUGGUUGUGCCUGCACCAAAAGUCAGCGCUCCACCAAGAAUUAAAGCUCCUUCAAAGGUUCCUCUGAAACCGAGCGUCGAGGACAUGGAGACUUAUGGGCCUAACACGGUGAUGGUGCGCUUUCAGAAGGGUGAGAGUGUUGGUCUGAGGCUAGCAGGAGGAAACGAUGUGGGGAUUUUCAUAGCCAGUGUUCAGGAGGACAGUCCAGCAGAGAUGGAGGGUCUGCAGCCUGGAGACCAGAUCAUGAAGGUGAAUAAUGUGGAUUUCCGUGGCAUGGUGCGGGAGGAAGCGGUGCUCUACCUGCUGGACAUUCCUAAAGGAGACGACAUCACCAUCCUGGCUCAGAGCAAACCAGACGUGUAUAAGGACAUCGUGGCGUCGGGUCGAGGAGAUAACUUCUAUAUCAGGACUCAUUUUGAGCACGAGAAAGACUCGCCUCAGAGUCUGUCUUUCAGCAGGGGCGACGUCUUUAAAGUGGUGGACACGCUGUACGACGGAAAACUGGGCAGCUGGCUCGCCAUCCGUACUGACAAAGACAACCAGCUGCAGGAGAGAGGGGUCAUUCCCAGCAAGAGCAGAGCUGAACAGAUGGCUAACGUACAGAACGCCCAGAAAGGAGCAGCCAAUGACUCCAGAGGAGAUUUCUGGAGACUCAGAGGUCAAAGGGCAGCGAAGAAGAAGGACCUGCGUAAGAGCAGAGAAGAUCUCACAGUCAACCCCGUCAACACCCGCUUCCCAGCCUACGAGAGGGUGGUGCUGAGAGAGGCUGGGUUCCGGAGGCCCGUGGUUCUGUUCGGCCCCAUCGCUGAUGUGGCAUGUGAGAAACUCGGCAACGACCUGCCUGAAGAUUUCGUCAUCGCAAAGCGAGAACCUAAAGAUGCAGGAGCAGAGAAGUCCUCAGGUGUGGUGAGACUGAACACUGUGCAGCAGAUCAUUGAACAGGAUAAACAUGCUCUGCUGGAUGUAACCCCGAAGGCAGUGGACACCCUGAACUACACCCAGUGGUACCCCAUAGUGGUGUUUCUGAACCCGGACAGUAAGCAGGGUGUGAAGGUGAUGAGGAACCGCCUGAUCCCGGGUUCUAAUCGCAGCUCACGCAAACUGUAUGAGCAGGCAGUGAAACUGAAGAAGACCUGCUCUCACCUCUUUACUGCAACGGUGGAUCUGAACUCGGCUCAUGACGCCUGGUACGGGAGUCUGAAGGACACCAUUCAGGAGCAGCAGAACAAUGCGGUGUGGGUCUGUGAGAAUAAACUGGACAGUGCAGAGGAGGACCUGGAUCUCCAAGAUGACCGCAUGUCUUACCUGUCGGCAAUGAGCGCAGAUUACCUGAGCAUGGACAGCCGUCUUACCGGCGACUACGAUGACACUGCGGACGAGGGCGGAGCCUAUACGGAUAACGAGCUGGACGAAGCGAACGAUGAGCCGCACGUAUCGGGGAUGAGGCGCUCCUCAGAGCCUGUAGACGAGAGACCUGCCCCAGUGCCCCGCAUGAAACGAGCCGUGAGCAGAGAAGUCCUGCGAGACCCCAGUCCCCCUCCCUCCUUCGUCCCAGAACCCCCGAAGGCUCGAUCUCAGAGGCUUAGUGACUCCGGCAGCACGGUGAGCAGUGAUGUCAGCUCCAAGCCACCGCCCCCUCCUGUUUCCCUCAAGCCCAGCUUCCUAGCUCGAGGUGCACCAACUCAAGGACCUGUGUCAGAUACUGAAGAUCCUGCGAGCCGCUCGUUCCUUGGUAAAGUGAAGGCCUUCGAGAAGAUGGAUCACCUCGCUCGGACACAGAGGAUGCUGGAACUGCAGGAGGCUGAACACGCUCGGCUGGAGAUCUCUCAGAGACACCCGGACAUUUACGCCGUUCCUGUUAAACCCAAGCCCAGUGCUGCCCGGCCACCACCUGCCAGUUCCAGCUCGAACCCUCUGCAUCGCCCCGGACCUCCUGAAGACCCUGAGCAGUCUCAUCGUGGAUAUUAUAAUCCUCAGAAAUACAAUGACACUGAGCUGUAAAACUCCACCGGUCUAAAGUGUUUCAGAGUGGAUCCUGGUCCUGGACCUCAGUAACCUCACUGUCAGUACAAUGGCUUUAAUAAUCUAAGAUGAAAUUGAGUUUUUCUUCUAAAAUAUUUUCUGCUUUUUUUACAUUUGUAUAUUUUUAUAAGAAACUAAAAGAUUUGACAGAUGCUUGUUUUAUGAAGCGACUCGACGGCUCUGUUACUUGUUUUAUUCCUCUGCAGUUUCUUACUUGUUAAAGCUCAAAAGUAAAGCCACAGAUUUCACUCGUGAGGUUCCUGAUGGCAAAUAAAUGAUUUAUAAUAUUCUACCUUUUAUAUCUCUUAUAAUCUUUACACUCUUUUUGGAAGAGGUAUCUUUUAUUGUGUUCAUGAAUAAAAUCACAUACAUUCACACAUUCUGGAUUUGGAGGUGCAAUGGAUUUAAAAUAUAAUGACGGAUCAUAAGAUGGUGUGAUUUCUGCUUCUCUGAUCAUCUUCCAUGUAAAUGUACAAAAUCAAACCUUUUACCUUUCUGAUCAAUAAUAAACAGACAUUCAGCUCUA